CGUCAGUUCGCAUCGAUUCCUCCUCUCUACGCGAGAUAUCGCAGAUUAGGUCGCGCCGUUCGCAACGUCACUUCGUCGUCGUCGUCGCCCGUCGUAUCGGUUGAAAUGGUAUAGGGCAUACAGUAAAUUACCUAUCUUACAAAAAGAAAGCAAAAGAAAUCUAUUAUACAACCAUCGUUUGCCGUGUGUGCAGUAUUUCGCCGGAACGAAGCAUUUACGGUAGUGACCCUUUGGUGUGGAAUUGAGUAGUGGCCCUUACGGAUCCAACUCUACAAGAUGAGCAUGUUCGCUGGCGUUGAAGUUGGACCUCCGGUCGAGGUCUUCGCCCUGAACCAGGCCUGCCUGAAGGACCCGAACCCGAACAAGGUCAACCUUGGAGUCGGAGCCUACCGCACCAACGAGGGAAAACCAUGGAUCCUGCCGGUGGUCAAAAAAGCCGAAGCAGCCAUCGUGGCCGACGGUAGUCUCAACCACGAGUACCUCCCGGUGCUGGGUAUGGACAGUGUGACAAACGCAGCCACCACCCUACUGCUGGGUGACGAAUCCGAAGCCAUCAAGAGCAAGCGUGCUUUCGGUGUUCAGUGCCUAUCGGGAACGGGAGCGCUGCGGGUCGGUGCUGAGUUCCUGUGUCGUAUCCUGAAGCGAACCACGUUCUACUACUCGUCACCGACGUGGGAAAACCACCACAAGGUGUUUGUGUACGCCGGAUUCGCCGAACCGCGAACCUAUCGCUACUGGCACCAGGACCGGCGCGGUAUCGACUUCGAAGGUAUGAUCGAGGAUCUGAAGGCGGCCCCGGAGGGUGCGGUCAUCAUUCUGCACGCCUGUGCGCACAACCCAACCGGAGUGGAUCCCACGCAAGACCAGUGGAAGCAAAUUGCGGACGUUUGCGAGGAGAAGAAACUGUUCCCCUUCUUCGAUUCGGCAUACCAGGGAUUCGCUAGCGGUGAUCCCAACAAGGAUGCAUUCGCAGUGCGAUACUUUGUGGAGCGUGGGUUUGAGCUGUUCUGCGCGCAGAGCUUCGCCAAGAACUUUGGACUGUAUAACGAACGUAUCGGCAACCUGACCGUUGUGCAGAAAAACGAGUCAACCAAGGCAGCCGUUGCCUCGCAAAUCACCCUGUUGAUCCGUGGAAUGUACUCGAACCCACCGGCCUUCGGUAGCCGGAUCGUCAACCUGGUGCUGAACGAUGCCACCCUGCGGGCCGAAUGGAUGGAGUGCAUCAAGACGAUGAGCUCGCGCAUCAUCGCCAUGCGGAAGGCUCUGUACGACGAACUGGUGGCCCUGAAGACGCCCGGAACCUGGGAACACAUCACCCAGCAGAUCGGAAUGUUCUCCUACACGGGUCUCAAUGAGAAACAAGUGGAGAUUCUGAUCAAGGAGUUCAGCAUCUACCUGUUGAAGACCGGCCGGAUCAGCAUGUGCGGUUUGAACGAGAACAACGUCAAGUACGUGGCGAAGGCGAUCCACGAGGCGGUUACGCGCGCGUCUUCCAAAAUUUAGAUUUGAGGUAUUGCAAGCUUGCCCAGCAGCAACAGCACGUUUAUUGUUCGUAGAACAUUAUUAUUUUCUUAUAGCGAUUAUGUGUGAUUAUGCGCGCCAUCUGCAAGACAAGGCAGCGCUUGAUCGGUUGUAGAAAAGUGUUGGCGUUCCUUUUAAAUAGGCCUAGAGAACGUUAAUCCAAACUAGCAUUUAUUCGUUAUCGUUAUGUAAUCGAUCGGAAAUAUUAAAUUUGCCAUCAAUUUUUUUCCAAGUUUACAAAAAUAUAUACACAAGUCCUCCACUAGCAAGCAACAGGAAGUGACCAAAACCAUAAGCAAAGCAUGUACAAAUUUUUCUAUAAAACUGGAAGAUCAACAACAAAUCAUGUAGCAUGGGAAUUUUGAUAAUCAAAGUUUUUUUUCUACUCCUUAAAAUACAGCAAAAAAACUCAACACGGUAUCGAUACGCAUGUACUCCAGCAGAUUAUGGCACUAGAAUGCAUUUAGAUAAAGCAAAUAUAACGCAGUGGGUAUUGGAAAAGUA